CGCGGAGGUCGUCACCAGUAGUGCAGUUGCACGCGACGUCAUUGGCUUGAGCUUUCGCCAAUUAUCCGUGCGCCGCCUCUUGGAGGGUGACGGCCGUCCACACACGUCCUCUGCGAGCUGGAACGUGGGUCUGCCGCCAUUCUCACUCGCUGCGCCCGACGCUCUGCACCGCGAAGACCUGCCCGCCGCCGCCUCGAAACGCCCGCCAGCGCGCCCGCCAGAGCGCCUCGCACCGCGCCCCUCGCACGCUAAGCCGGCCGAAUUGUGCCCUUACCGCACCCAACGACGGCUGUCCUGGCCCGCCGCGACGUCUCCCAGGCCCGUCCGGCAGUAUCUGCCACACGGUCUGUCACGCCUACCGACGAGGCCCUCUCAGCGCGCCUGACCAAUGUCACCCCCAUGUCACCGCAUCUGGACGCCCAAGGAAUUACCUCACCCCCCGCAUCGGUGAGGUCAAAUGCGCCGCAAACCCCGGGCUCAAGCCAUGGCACGCCCACCGCUCCCCGGCACGCUCAAGAGCAUCUCACGCCCGUGGCAACGCCCCGCAAGCUCUCGCAGACCGGCCGCUCCAAGACGGUGCCGAUUGCCCCCAAGGAGAGCCUGUGGCAGUCGUCGUUCGAUCGCCCGCAGCUGGACGAGCGCGACAGCAUCUUCUCGACCACAUAUCUAGCCUCUGACAGUCCCAUCUCGUCGCCGCGGUCCAAAGCAGCAGCACACACGACUGAGCCCGACGAAGAUGCCCCCGAGCACCGCUUAUCAGAUGUGGCUGCACCAGCGCCGCUGCAGAGGAGUCUGAUCGACCCGCCCUUCUUCCGCAGGAAAGAAUCCACGUACCCACCAGUCGCGCUGCAAGACCCUCAAACCAUUCUAGCGACGCAAUUCGCCCAGCACGUCCCAAUUGAAUCUGUCAUGGGUCUCGAAGUCGCCCGCGAGAGCCCGCCGCCCUUCAUGAGCCCCGUCGACUCCCCUGUACGCCGGUCGUCGACGCCACACAAUGCAGACGCCCACUCAGCCCUGAAUAAGGCAUUGUCCGAUACCGAGGAGCGGCGCAGGAACAGAGAAUGGCGAGAAGGCAAGCCGGUGCCGUUCAGAGGCAGUGCUCCUCACGAUGACCCAUCAGCAGACGAGCAAGCCGUGAAGAAGAUAGAAGCAGCACUACCCAAGGCAGAGCAAACAGCUUCCGGACGCAGCCGGAAAGCAAGUCACUUCCUUCGUGUGUUCAAGGAUGCAGAGGGUCCAGAAGAGCAGAAGCGGGAUGCACGACCCAAGGACCGCCGACCCAAUGAUAAAAUAUUCUCCACUCUCUCUGAGGAGAAUGAAGCCAGUGCUCCUACACAGUCAUUACAGCAGGAAUCCCGUCCAUCGUCCAUCGUCCAAACUCCUCUUGAGAGGACAUCUGAGUCUUACUUUGAGAUCCCUGGCUCAGUCUCUAAGAGCAAAGACUCAGCUCCUGUAUCGAUUGAGGAAGUAAAGUCGAACAAGCGUCAUUUGCCACGGCCUCUCCUCGAGGAGAUCAGAAACUUCACCAACCUGACACCUGGUGUUGUUCCUGGAUCGUCCAUGUCGAGGAGCUUGCCAGCUUCCAUCCUAGAUAAGCUCCAUGCGCACGCGUCUAGAUUGACAGGUCCUGGGUCUCACGAAGAGUCGGUUGAUUACUUUCGGGCCAAGGAAAAGGAUAGCACGAAUCAGUCACCGGCAUCUGAAGAAGAUGAAGACUCCGAGCGCGAACAGAUCUCGUCGGCUUUGUAUUUCCCUCAUCGGCAACACAAGGCGGCAGAGCCAAGCACCCCAUCUGAAGAGACACGAAGACUCGAGCUGCCCCAGAACCGUAAGAGAGACUCAAUUCAUGCGGGCAAAGUACCCAGAGGUUGGGAAACAGGAGAUGAUGUUCAAACUCCUGAAGAAGUAGAAAUUUCUCUACAGUCCCAAGAUACCAAUCAAUGCCUACAUGGUGACAUUGCUGCGACAGCAUCAGUGCAGAAAGAAAACGACAAGCCGUUGACAUCUGCGUCGUCCGAUGCAGUUCCAGAUGAAUCUGAAUCUGAAAUUGAGUCGCUAGCAGAGUCCACGCAGUCACUUCUUGGCUAUGAAUCGAGCGCGACUGACGACCUAGGAACGACACCCACUGCAACGAUGGUCAAGUCGGAACACAAGCCUGUAACAGCUCAAGCACCUGCUCCAGUAGCGCAGCCACCGGCACCACUUGGUGCUGUGGAGUUGAAACCGUACAACCAUCAGGUUGGCGGUCAUUCUACGGUGUAUCGCUUCUCAAGAAGAGCCGUGUGCAAACAACUCAACAACCGCGAGAACGAGUUUUACGAGACGGUCGAGAGGCACCAUCCUGAGCUGCUAGAUUUUCUGCCAAGGUACAUCGGCGUUUUGAACGUGACUUAUCGCAAAGCGCCAAAGAAGAAAAAGAAAGACAAGACAAAAGCAGAUCCAGAAUCCACAGCUUCAGCUGCUCCGCCUAGUGGAACUACCAAGGAGCCAGCUUCCCAGGAGACGAAAGCGGAGGAUCAGCCCAGGGUUGUUAGUCAUUCGCAGCAGCAAACGCCUGCACCGCAGGUUAUUUUCGCGAACAACCGACAUAUCAUCCCCGACAACUUGUUUGGAAUGCCACCGAGAUCAGCUACACCGGAUCCAUGGACAGGCAGCGGUUCCUUCUCCUCACAGUACCACCGAAGGAACCAAAGUGUGCAGGACUGGCGCUCGAACGGCCCAGAUAGACCUCCGAUGAGGCACCAUAGCAGUUGGGGUGUUACAACCAUCAAUCGAAAGCUGCAAGAAGAAGUGCUUCGUCAGGUGUUUGCACCUCCCACUAUCCAUCUUCGUCAGCGUCACCAGCACCACGGUAUUAGCACUCGCAGAUCAGGUAGCGAUAAUGCGCAAUCUGUGGCAGGAUCUGCGCCGUCUAUGAGACGCAACAGCACAGACGUGUCUGUUUUGCAACCAGGACGCGAAGAGUCUCCGCGCAAGCAGAUUUUGAGAGCAAAUGCGGAGGCACGUCGGCAAGCUUCUGAUGUAAGCGAUCUUGCUGUGAGCUUCGGGUCGCCAGAGGAGCUUAGGUCGCGGAAUGCAGACUCGCUGCAGCCGCCAUCGAGCAAUGUCCCUCGACGAAGGCACUCCGGCAGCGGACUUGUACGGAGGCCACUCGGACUGGACUCGGAUCGAAGACAUAACCUCGAGUUCUAUGAAGAAGAUGGCUAUGGAGGAGAUGGAGAAGAGGAGGUCUUCGCUAUGGACGAAGACCGAAAGCCACUCUCACCCACAAAAAGCGACAUGAAGGAUCAGCCUGCGCCUUCCGGUAAUGUGCCAAGUCUGGGAAGCUCUGCGUCUGAACCGGAAGCCUUGAUGCUCCCAGCUCCUGUCAUAACUAAGAAGAAGGCAGAGCCACCAGCGAUUGGUGAACCCUCAAACCCCGAAGAAGCCCAGCAACAGCCUGAUGAGCGUGUACAGCACUUCAUUCUACUUGAGGACUUGACCGCAGGCAUGUCUCGACCUUGCGUUUUGGAUCUGAAGAUGGGCACCCGUCAGUAUGGCGUCGAGGCUGAUGAGAAGAAACAAAAGUCGCAACGUCGCAAGUGUCAAAUGACCACCAGUCGGGAGCUUGGUGUGCGCGUUUGCGGCAUGCAAAUUUGGAAUGUGAAGACGCAAAGCUAUCUUUUCGAGGACAAGUACUACGGCCGUGACCUCAAGGCUGGUAGAGAGUUCCAGGACGCGCUGAAGAAAUUCUUCUGGGACGGCACUGGCUACAAGGCGGCUAAUCGACACAUCCCUGUGAUUCUAGAGAAGAUCAGUCAGCUUGAACGCAAGAUCAGGAAACUGCCAGGCUACAGAUUCUACGCCAGCAGUCUGCUCAUGCUGUACGAUCGAGGCGACGGCGAGUAUAAAGAAAGGGAGGCUUCGUCCCAACAGAACGGCGUGACCACACCGAGUGGCGAUGACCUAUCCGCUGCGCCGUCAGCUGCGCCCUCUGGCCCGACGUCCCCCGGACCAGCGCCCACAUCGAGCGCGGCACCACCAAAGGAUAAGCCAGAGAUUAAGCUCAGGAUUGUCGACUUCGCCAAUUGCGUCACCGCCGAGGACACGCUUGAAGGCGCAUCAUGUCCGCCAAAAGACCCUGAUGAGGUAGAUAGGGGCUACCUGCGCGGAUUGCGGUCGCUGCGGUUGUAUUUCCAACGCAUCUACCAUGACAUCAACGAAGAGUGGGUGGAGCGCGGCGAAGGUGAAGGCAUGGCUCGCGGAAGCCAUCACCACGGACCCGGACUUGGCGAGGCUGGAGCCGGAUGGAUGGACGAACCUGGUGGUGAAGACACGGGAUACGUCAGUUUUUGAGGAGAUCGUCUCAGUUGCGCCAGCGUGGAGGGAGAGUAUUGUGUUACUUAAGAUACCAUGUGAAGUUUGGUAAGUUCUCCAGCGCAUUGUGAGUUUAUCCAGCAUGGCGUUUGGUGUUCGCGCAAGACAAAGUAUCGAAAUUGUAGUUUUGGGCAUGCAUCGGAGUACUGCUUUGCAUAGGCGGAUCACUGGUCAGGGAGAGUUUGGGUACGGUCUAUUUGUUGUAUAGUAUACUUAGAGUGAUAUUUGUCGUGCAAGCGUAGCAAUGCAGCAAUUGUAAUCAAAUAUUAUUCUUCGCU